AUGACUUACUUUGAAGUUAUGCGAAUUUCCGGGGGCAUUUUAUUAAUAGCGACAUUGUGCGUAUCAACAGGUGCUCUUGAUUGCACCAGCUUCAAACAAGAAUGGAUGAAAUUACAGUAUACUAUGCUCACAGGAGUCCAUAGCUCAACUAUUAUUGGUCCAGUAUCAAACAUUUGUCCUGUUACCGGUACUUCUUGUUGUGAUGUAAAUAUGGAACGUGAAAUGUACUCAGUGGGUCAGAGUCAGCUAAUAAAACAAUGCAACUCAUGGUUACAAGUUGCCAGGAAAAUGAGCAAUGAUAGUGUCGUGCUUGAAUCAAUUUUUAAAGCUGAUUUACAACAAGCUAAAGGACGAUUACACCAAUUUUUCAGUCGGAUUUAUGGAUACAACUAUAAAUUGCAUAGAAAUUUUUUCUUCGGGUUUUUCACUGAUUUAGAGCAAUAUAUGGCAGGUCAAAGGGGUCAACUUGGUGUGCUAGUCAAAAAUUUUUUCAGUCAACUUCGCGACAGCAUAGUUAGCUUGAUUGAAAAAUCUGGGCAAGUUAGUUCUAAUCCACCUUUUGGUUCAGUUUCUCCUAAUGCUGGCUCGUUUGGUAGCAAUCCUCCUGGGGCUAGUGGAACUGAUGAAGCUAGUGAAUCUAGACGAAUUCGUUGUUUGUCUGAUAAAAUUGCCCAGUUACAUCCGUUUGAUGAUGUAGAUGUCCGACUUCAUGCUCGUAUGUUGGAAGCUUAUCCACCUGCUCGUAUGUUAGUCAAUGUUUUAUCCGUUACCAGCAAAUUACUGCAUCAUCUAGUUGAUCAGGUUGUAGCACAAUCUCAAUGUGUUCUAGGCAUUACACGUUUUCGAUUUUGUGCUUUAUGCGAGGGUCAGUCACUUACUAAUGUCUGUCCUGAAAGCUGUCCACAAUUACUAGCCAGUUGCUUACAUGGUGAUGGUCCAGAUGAAGCACAAUUGAUGCAUAUCUGGCCCCAAUUAAUUGACACAAUCAUCAUGGCAACUAAUCGAUUAGAAAGAUCAUUCAACUUUCCUGCAGUAAAUCGUAAUCUUCAGAUGGAAAUAUCUGAAGCAAUAACUAGUUUACAAACACGUUACGGUGAAACAAAAUCUAAGUUUGAAUCUGAAUGCCGAUUUGGUUCUGCUGGUAGACGAAUGCCAACAUUAUUCAAUCCUAUUGGACCUUCUUAUGGCAGUCAAGAAAAUCGUGCAAAUCACUCAGACAUCUCUAAAUGGCCGAUGAGUUCUAAUUUGAAUAGACGAUUAAAUCGAAUAGCCCGUUCGUCGUCUUAUUCACAGCCGUCACCUGUUUCUCAAGAAUUCCUUGACUGGCAAACAAGACAACGACUAUCCCAAGUCAGCCAUGGUAACAACCGGCCAAAAAAAGUAGAUUAUAGUCAACAAAGGACUAGUAAAACAUCUAAUGAUUGGGAUGGCUCAGAUAGAGAGAAUUCUAUAAAUCCUCCACAUGAUCUUGUUCGUCAAGUCAAUGAAAUCAAACAAGCUUAUUCAUCUUUACGUGAUCUGUUCAGUGGUCCAGCUGGUAGCUUAUGUCAUACUAAUUUCACCACUAUGAGUAAUGGGGAUUCGUCUAAUAUUAAUCAAAGUGCUCAUUGUUGGAAUCCGCCUAAUCUACCCGAUAUGGCACCUGAUGCAGGAAUUACACAGAUUCUAAACCAACUUCUUGAAGCUUCGAAAAGAUUGCACGAAGCCUCAUCCAAUACUAAAGAUCCAGAUACACUAGUUGUCAAACUGCCUCCCCGAUCGAAUUCUGUUUCCGGUACUUACUCAAGAAACGAUCAAAACAGUCGUUUGUCAACCAGUUUAAAUGACCCUCUCUCAGCAAAUCAUUUCCUUGCUCAGGACCAAUGGCAAGGCCCUAAGCAAUAUAGAUCAGAUAAUUCAUAUGAAGCUGAAGAAAAUAUCCGAAUGGAAAGUGGAAGUGGUAAUCAACCCAAUCCUUUACAAUAUCCAGAUAAUUCUCUUUCUCAAACUUAUGAGCGGUCAUCCAGUCAAUUUAAUAUGUUUCCUGGCGACCGUCAGAAUAACAAUAAUCCUCAUAUGUACAGUUCUACUAUGAAUGCUGAUACUAAAAGAUCCGGAAUUGAUCAAGAUACACAUUCAAAUGAAUACUUUAAUCAAAAAUCUGCACAGCAAUGGUCACAAAAAUCUAAUAGAUACAACAACUGGGGUAAUGUUGAUAAUCAAAGAAAUAAAUGGGAAUCCAGUGGCUCUACAGACUUCAACGUACCAAUUUUACAAGAGCUCACAACCGAAUCAACAACAACAACUACUAGUAGUCUAACUACCACUACUACUACUACUACCAUUUCUCCAACUACUUUUACAACUUCCACUGUAUCACUGUCUAAUUCUACGAGUUCUGUUACAACGUUAAGUACAUUAGAAAAACCAAAUGAUUUAACAUCACUGAAAGUAAAGGAUAUCGUCACAGAAAGUGUCGCGAGAUAUACACCUCUUGUCCAUAAAGACUCAGCGUUAGAUAAGCAUCUGCAAACUACAACACCACGUUACAUAGAUACAACAUUGAAAUCAGAUGCACAUACAGAACCACUUUUACCCUCCACUAACCAACCGAAAAAUUUUGGAUUUUUACCUGACGAUGAAGACAAUACUGAAGUAAUCUCAAGACAAAUUCCUGAUUCUCAAAAUGUUAAUUCUUGGCAUCAAAACUCCAAGUUCUCUCAACGACCUUUUGAUGAAGGUUCCGGAGACCAAGGCAGUGGUAACGCACCAUCAGCCCUAACACCACAAUAUCAAGGUUCCCAAACUUUAUGGCCACAGUCCGGGAGAGAAUCUGUAAACCCCAAUGCUGCGGAUGCACGUUAUAAUGGAGAUUUUAUUGGUCCUCAACCAGACAGAAAUUUGCCUUUUUAUCCAAGCACGCAAAAGCCAGGAAAUCGAGGGAAUGAAGAAGCGUGGAACGUUUCUCCUGAUAAGCUAGCUUCAGGAUUUCUUGAACGAGCUAGUGGGAUGAGUCCUAACAUAGAAUGGAAUGAAGAGAAAAAUGACCGCCAAACAGGCUCGUCACAGUGGCAAGACUCACUGGAAGGUAGUGGUAGGAGCAAUCCUGAAAUCCUACAAAACCCAGUUCCUGAGGAAACACCCUUACUGCCCCCUCCAACUCAGCCAACACAAGCACCCACACCCCCGCGGGUUAAGAAUGUUCCAGAGAUUCUUCCGCAUCCACCCCUACCACCUCCUGAGGUGUGGGUACCGGCUAAGUUGAGCCCUGGACAGUCGGUUCCACCUAUACUACUGAUACGGGAAUAUAGCGUUGAAGGCCCUCUAUACGGAAAAGAAGACACUAUCUCGCAUAGCUACAAUUCAGCAUCCCACCAACAACUAAUCACAUCUAUAUUUUUACCUCUAAUCACAUUAUUUAUCUUCUAA